AUCGAUAGUCUGCCGGUCGAAAGUCAGUAUCGAACAGGUGUUACGGUGAAUCGGUUGUUUGCUUACUGUUGACGUUGUCGGAGAUUGGCCGCUUCUGUCUGUCGGUUAAAUAUGCGGUGGCUACUUGCCAAGUGGUUCCUAGUGAUACUGAUCGUGCGAGAAUCCCGCUCGGUCGUGUGGCCAUGCACUACGUCGGCCGACUGCGCUAAGGUGCCGGACGCGAGCUGUUCGAUCUACGGCUUCUGCCAGUGCCCGGCCGGGCAUGUGUUCUCCACCGACGUCACCCGCUGCCUGCCCGAGCGAUCGUAUGGGCUGAGCUGCGAGGAAGCGGUCCAGUGUUCUCAUAUGCUUACCGGUGCCAAGUGCGAGGACAAACUAUGCACCUGUGAUACCGGGUACACGUACGUACGUGGACGAUGCCGUCAGCUAGCGAACCUCGGCGAACCUUGCAACGCGGUAAUUAAUUAUUGAAAUCUUAUUAUUGAU